GUGUGAAUGAAGAUUGAGCCUCACACAGACUAAAACUUCCUCCUGUGUCCAACAUCUGAUAUGAGAAAGGGAGGAUUUUCAGACUGAAAUCUCAAACAAACAUUGUGUCAAGAUCUGAUAGAGUCAUCUAAUUCAUCAGGACCUGAAUAUCAUCGGCCGUUGAAUCUGGAAGGAGAAAUGUUUGUCUGUUCUGUCUGAUCCCAAAGGUUUUCAUCAUCUGUGUGACUGGGUAAAAACCGAGACACAUACACCUGAGUAAGAGUGUUCCAGUGAAAUGAGUGUGGAAAGAGCUUUAACCAGUUACGCAGCCUGAAAAUAUAUCACACUAUUCACAGCGGGGUGAGGCUGUGCACGUGUUCUGUGUGAGGACGAGGCUUCAACUGAUCAUCAAACCUGGAGAGUCACAAGGACACCUGCAUCAUGGAGAAGCUGUGGAAAUGUGCGGACUGUGGGAAGGGUUUCCGGUUCCCGUCUGCGCUGGAAACUCAUCGACGCAUUCACACUGGGGAGAGGCCGUUCACUUGUUCCACGUGUAGGAAGGGAUUCACUGAUUCAUCCACCCUUCGGAAACACCAGCAUGUUCACACUGGGGAGAGGCCGUUCACUUGCUCCGAGUGUGGGAAGGGAUUCAGGGAUUCAUCCCACCUGUUGACACACCAGCGCGUUCACACCAAGGAGAGGCCAUUCACUUGCUCAGAGUGUGGCAAGGGAUUCAGUCAUACAUCCCACCUGCUGACACACCAGCGAGUUCACACGGGGGAGAGACCGUUCACCUGCUCUGUGUGUUGGAAGGGAUUCACUCAGUCUUGCAACCUGGUGAUGCACCAGCGGGUUCACACUGGGGAGAGGCCGCUCACCUGCUCUUUGUGUGGAAAGCGAUUCAAUCACUUAUCCAACCUGCUGAGACACCAGCGAGCUCACAGUGGAGAGAGGCCAUUCACCUGCUCUGAAUGUGGGAAGGGAUUCACUGAUUCAUCCAACCUGCUGAGACACCAGCGAGUUCACUCCGGG